GCGCUGAGUACUGGAAGGCGAGAAGGAUAGCGAGGGAAGAGGCGGGAAGCAGAUAAGGAGAGAUAAUGAGGGGGAGACAGGGACGCGGGGGACAGGAAGAGGGGGACAGAGCUUCUACACCGGGCGACCAGGUCCAGGAGGGCGAGACAGGCGGGAGUGGCGCACGAGAGCAGGCCAGGCGCGCGCCAGGGCUCAAGAGAGCUUCCUGGGGUUUGUGAACAAUAUCCUCCCGGGUGCCUGCUCCCCUGUUCUCUGGCCCAAGCACUAGCCCUUGGGUCACCCCAGCCUAGAAAAGCGAGGACCAGGCGGUGAGAAGACCUGAGCUCAAGGAGGCAGAGCACAUCCAGGGUGGAAGGGCCACAGCCCACCUGGGCAGCGCACCUGGCCCAUUCCUGGAGACAGCAUCUCACCAGGGGUCACUUCCCUCCUUUUAGGGCUGAGUACCAGGACUGGAAGGAUGGGGACCCCGUCGGGAGACUGAGGUAGGGAGGAGGAGAGAGACAGGUGAUGGGGCUCUUGCCUUCCCCUCCCCACCUGCAUCACACUCCAACCAAGUGGCCGUAAAAAACUGGCAGAGGAUCAGCGGGGUCGGCAUCCCAGCCUCUUUGCGCCACCUGGUGGUGAUGAGGAAGAAAGACAAAGCAAGUGGCCGUGAUGAGAAGGGAAGGCAGUUGCCGCUCCCCACCCCUGGAUGAGUCCGUGUUUGGCCAGCUAAUCAUCCCCAUUUCCACUUCUCUCCAUAGUCUUCUGCUCCUCCCCCUCCGAACAGGGUUUCCCCUCGAGUGCUGGCGUGGGCCUGAGUCACCCUCCCAAGCAGCAAACUCUGAGAGCUGUAGAGGAACUAGAGUCACAAGUGGCAGGCUCAGGCUGCAGCCCCCGCUCUCCGUGCCUCCGCCAGCCAGGCCUUCCCAGAACGCAUAUUUUCCGCUCAGCUGGGGCUCAGGAAAGGAUGAGAAUGUGUCUCAAGGAUGAUGACUCUCUGGCUGAUUCUUCCUUCGUGUAAGGAGAGGAUCAAACAGCUGAACCCAGAGACUCCUUCCGGGGUGAACUUCCAGAGCCACAGGAAUCAUAUCAUUUUCAAAUAUUCAUGGCAGAAGAGGGGGCUGCCCUUAAGGUCACCAGGGACCUGAAAGCUGCUGUCUCUGCCAUCCUCCAGGGCUACGGGGGUGGGCAUCAGGUGACAGACGCCAGCGCUGAGCUGCACGGACUCUGUGGCUGCCUGGAGCGGCUGCUGCAGUUUGACCAGAAACAGCAGAAGAGCUUCCUGAGACCUCAGAAGGAUUACUGGGAUUUUCUCUGCACUGCCCUAAGGCAGCAGCGGGGGAACACAGAGCCGGCCCUUUUUGUUCAUUCACAGGACAAGUUGAAGACCCCUCUGGGAAAAGGCCGUGCCUUCGUCCGCUUCUGCCUUGCCCACGGACAGCUGGCCGAGUGCCUGCAGCUCUGCCUCCUGAACCCAGAGCUCACCAGGGAAUGGUAUGGCCCCCGGAGCCCUCUGGUGUGCCCUGAACUCCAGGAGGACAUCCUGGACUCCCUCUAUGCUCUCAACGGGGUGGCCUUCGACUUGGAUCUGCAGCGGUCGGACCUGGAUGGGGCCUGGCCCAUGUUCUCAGAGUCCCGCUGCUCUAAUUCCAGCCGGACCCAGGGAAGACCCAGAAAAACCAAAGACUCCCCAAAGGAGAUCUCAGCUGUAAAUGGAGGCCCCAAAGGAGUCCAGCCAGAGGAGGCACACACCAGCCAAGCCAGCUGUCUGCAAGAUGCACCAAGGGAAGACUGGUUGGCUGGACUCCCUAUGUCCCAGCAACAUAAGCAUCUUUCUCCCUUUUUGGAAAAGAAGAAAGAAGAUCCCAGGAGCCUCAGGGCCCUCCACAGCAUGUGUGAACCAGAGGGGGAGAGGCUACAGCAAGACCAGGAGAUGGGAGCCCCACCGACAGAGAUCUGCCUGGAACUCUCAACACCCAGCAUCCAGGGGCCGAGGGAGAGGGCCAAUCAGGCUCUGAAGGAGGUGGUAGGGACAGGGGGUGAGGGCCGAGGGGUCCUGCUGAGUACAGAGGGUCAAAGAACAGAGGGGACUCAUGAAAGAGAAGCAGAAUGGGGUCACAACCAGGGGCUGUUGGUCUCCAGCCCCAGAGGGAUGAAUGAGGGCUCCAUGUCACCAAACAGGCAGAAGAACAAGGAGCCUAGCAUUCUGGGGGAGCCCAGCGUCCUUCAGGGCCUGGGAACAAAGGAAGGCUCCACCACAGAGAAGCCACAAGAGCAAACAGGAGUGACCAGUGUGACCAGGAAGGAGGAGCAAGCAGAGGUGGCCUUGCAGGAUGCGGUCAAGCUCCCUUUCCCUUUCUUCUUUCCUCUCCUCCUCCAGACCCUCAGACAUAGGCUGCAGAAGACCAAGGAGCAAGCCUGGCACCAGGAGCAGCUGCUGAAGGAGCAGGAGAGGGAGCUGAAGGCACUGCAGGAGCAGCUCAGCAGGUGUCAGGAAGAGCGGGCCGGGCUGCAGGCAGCGCUGGAGCAGAGGCAGCAGGAGGCUGAAAGGAGGGACGCCAUGUAUGAGGAGGAGCUUGCAGGGCAGCGGGACCUGAUCCAUGCCAUGAAGAGGCGGGUGCUGGAACUGAUUCAAGAGAAGGACAACCUGUGGCAGAAGGUGCAGCAACUCUCUUCCGUGGCCCCUGGAUGCUGUGUCAGCUGUAGCAAGCUCUUUGGCCGGCUGUCUCGGCGGUAUCCAUGCAGGCUGUGUGGAGGCCUGGUUUGCCAUGCCUGCUCCCUGGAUUAUAAGAAGCAAGAGCGCCGCUGCCCACCCUGUGCCCAGAAAGGAGAAGCCCAAGUUGUCUAACCAAGACCCACCUAGGACUGGCCAUCCAUUCCACCUGCCCCUCAGCACUUUCAGGACCUAUGAUCUGACCAGUACUACCUUCCAGAACUUGGUGAUUUAGGCAGACGGCACUUGAGGAGCCAGACUGUGGUGUGGAGAGUGGAAAGGGCCAGGCUGGCAGUCAGGAGACGGCUCAAGCCCUGCAUCUCCCACUGAUGAGCAGGGCGACUCAGCUCUGCAAGCUCUUCUGUAACGUGAGGAAGUCGGGCGUCAUCCACUCUAAAGUCCCUUUGGCUUCAGAUAAUCCUUGACUAAGAAUAAGACCCAAUGGCCUUGAUUUUCUCCUCCACACUCCCUACUCACCCAGACUGCCCUUCACCACACUGCACUGUCUCCAGUCCUCAGGAGCUUCCUGUCUGGAGUCUGCUUCGGGCUCUGUUUUUGUCCCACUUUGUUUUUAACAUCUUUCCUGAGGCACUACUAACAUACAACACAAUUCACAUAUAUUGUACAAUUUGAUGAGUUUUUACUUUAAUUUAUAGCCAUGAAGUCACCACCAUAUUCAAAAUAAUGAAUACAUCCAUUAGUACCAAAGUUUUCUCCUGCCCUUUGGAAUCCCCUCCCUUUGCUCCACCCCUAGAUAACCACUUACCUGCCUUCACUAAAGACAAGUUUGCAUUCCUAGAAUUUUAUAUAAACGGAAUCAUAUGGUCUGCCUUCUUUCACUCAGCAUAAUUAUUUUGAGAUUCAUACACAUUGUUGUUCAUACCCACAGUUCCUUUAUUUACUGUUGAGUAGUAUUCCACCGCCUGGAUAUAGCACCAUCUGUUCACACAUUUACCUAUUGCCAGACAUUUGGGUUGUUUCUAAUUUGAAGCUAUUACAGAUCAGUUUCCUAUAAUCAUUGAAUCUUUGUGUAGACAUAUGCCUGUAUUUCUCAUGGGUUAAUACCUAAGAACGAAAUGGUCAGGUCAUAUGGCAGGUAUAUGUUUAAGAAACUGCUGAGUUAUUUCCCAUAAAGAUUAUAUGUUGUACCAUCCCACCAGCAGGGUGUGGGCGUCCCAGCCGCUCUCCAGGGCAUUUGGUUUGGGGGGCAGGAGAAGAGAGACAGACAUGGAACUUGGGCCUCUCUGUUCUUCCCUUCCAACCACUGUGGUGAAGUAAACAGUCCCAAGUUGUGAGGCUAGAGGGAGGGGCUAAGUCUAGGUGACUCUGUGCAGUACUCACUCACUAGAUUUUAAUAAAGACAGUUAAGGAUUCGUGUAGCUCUGUGGUACAAGUUAUAUCCUCUGACUGUCCAAGAAGUCUUACACAACUCGUUUCAUUUACUGGGCACCCAUUUGUGGUGUUUCCGAAAAUACUGUUUCUGAAGAAGCAUGGACCCCACUCUGUAACAGGGCAGACUCUCUUGCCCCGAGCAGGCAUGCAGGCUGUCCCCUGCCUCACAGGACUGCCACAGCCUCUGCAGCAGUUGGGCAACUCUGUGGCUCUGACCAGACACAGCCUGUGGACCGCCUCUUGGGGUCAGGGCCACCUAGAGUUGCAUCCCAUUACCAUCUUGUGGAGCAACAGUUUUGCAACAGCAGUUCCUGCCCUGGAGAGCUGAUUAGAACUUCUCCUUAGCAGGGUCA